AAUAUUCCUGGUACUAAUACUCAAACAUAUUAUCCAAUGUAAACUAGGGUUUAAAGUUGGGAAGCAUGCGUUUGGGAGCGAUGGCGAGAGGAUUGAAGUUGGGAAGCACGCGUUUGAGCAGAAAAAGGAAGAGGGACGAUCAUGAUGCUUAUGAAUCAACAAGAAGACCAAGGGUUGGAUUGAAAAAGAGGGGGAGGAGGAGGAUCCCCAUACUCAAAAUUGGAGAUAGAAUUAAUUUAUCGAAAGUCCUCUUCACCAAACACAGGGAUUUUCUCGUCACAUACAAAAACCGCAAUAGUCCGGUCCGCGCUGAGCAUUUAGAAGGUAAGACUGUUGUCUUACAUUUUGUCCCGCUAGUUCCUUGGAAUCCUCAUUUGAGGCUGUAUGUAGAAUCCUUGAUCGAUACAUACAAUGCCUUGCACCCUUAUGGUGAUUUCGAGGUUGUUUUCGUUGGAGUUAAAAUCGGUACAUUUCCCUCCGAUCAGCAUACACUGCUCAAUCCUUCUCUUGAGAAAUGUUUUGAAGAAAAGUUCUCUAUUAUGCCAUGGACUGCCGUCCCGUUCUCCGAUAUUGUUUCACAGAAAUCUUUGGAAAGGAGAUUAAGAUUUCCGUUCUCUCGUUUUGUUUACGAUGUUUACACGGUCUCGGUUGUCCUUGAUCCUUCAGGCCUGGUCUUGCAGUGUCAGGCCGAUGACUUCUUUCUUUGGUAUGGAGCUCGGGCUUAUCCCUUUACCCUCGAAAAGAUAGACUACCUUAUGUCUGCAGAUAAAGAAAUGUCAAAGCAUCCCUCUGUUACAAGACUCCUGACCUCCUUCGGUCGUGAUUAUGUCAUCAACAGAGACAAUCAGGAGGUACCUGUUCGUGAUCUUGAAAAUAAGGUCGUCGCCUUGUAUUUUUAUGAACAUUGUCCAUACGAUGACCUCACAGAGGAAAUUCAGGUGGUCUAUGAGAAGUUGGCUGAUAGGGCACAAUUUGAAAUUGUUCUUGUUUAUGUUCAUGACUCCUUUGAUUCUUGUGAGUUUGCAAGUGAAAAAUCAUUCUGUAAGAUAUUAAACAAGAUGUCGUGGUUAGCACUCCCGUUCAAAGACCCCAGGUGCAAGUACUUGAAGCGUAUAUUUAAUUAUCCUGCGGAGUUGAAUGGGUGGGACCCAGAUCCCAGGCUUGUCAUUAUUGGACCGCAAGGAAAAUAUUUUGAACCGUAUGGUGCUGACAUCUUGAACAGAUUUGGUAUGUCAGCGUUUCCAUUCACUCGUAGAAGAGCUGCUGAGUUGGAGUCCGAGUCUGAAUAUAUCAAGUCUCUCAAGCUGGAUAUGUUAUUGGAUCCAAGAACUUCUUUCAGCCGAGCAAAUGGGACCAAGGUUAAGCUGUCACAAGUCAUGGGGAAGAGAAUCAUGCUUAUUAUUGAGAAUGGUUGGGGAUUUCGAUAUCCCGAGUUUUGGACGAAGUUGAAAGAAAUUUAUCUCAAAAUGAAGAACACGGAAAAUGAGUUUGAAGUGCUCCAUGCCCCAUAUGAAUAUGUGGCAGAUUCAUAUGCUAAGUAUGUUGGAACUAUCCCAUGGUUGAGGCAUAGUACAUUCCGUUUGCAAUCAAAGAAGUAUGCACAAUUGCAACGUGUUCUUAGAGGAGGUGUUGGUCUUCUUGCUUUUGAUCCUGAUGGAAGGAUUGUAAGGAAAACACAAUAUCCUUCUAUUGAAGAGGAGAAUUUUCCAUUUUAUGCUGGUAGUCUUUUUGAGGAGGCCUUGAGGGGACUAGCAAAAAAGUUAGAAUGGGACCGUUGGUUGGUUGAAGUAUGAUUAUCUCUGUUUUGCACAUCUAUCUUGCCAUCUAUAUCUUUGUAUUAUAAGGACUAUCUUUUUAGCAACUUAUCUUUUGGUGCCUACUUGAAAAUUGUCAUAACAGCCACUUGUCUUUUGACUUUUGCUAUCUUAAUAUUUUGUUAUGCUCUCGAUGUGAAUUUUUUUAUUGUUUGUAAUCUUAAUUUUCUGUUAUGCUGUC